AUGCUGUCGCUGUGGCAAAAUGCAUGUCUACGAGCUCUUGAACGAUCGUUGAGCCGGACAGCCCACUCAACAAGAUGCUCCAGCACCUCGUCACCCACAAAGGCGGCGAAACGGGCAUUGGCAAUGGAGGACUAUCCGUGCGACGUGAUACGGAACUUCUCAAUUAUUGCACACAUUGACCAUGGCAAGUCGACUCUUGCCGACCGAUUACUAGAGUUGACAGGCACAAUCCAGAAAAAGACUUCUGGGAAGAAUGAGCAGGUCCUUGACAAGUUGAAGGUGGAACGGGAACGUGGAAUUACCGUCAAGGCGCAAACGGCCAGUAUGGUUCACAAUUUUCAGGGAAAGGAAUAUCUCCUGAACCUUAUUGACACACCUGGGCAUGUCGAUUUUGCUUGGGAAGUUUCAAGGUCGCUAGCCGCUUGCCAGGGAGCGUUGCUUUUGGUCGAUGCAAGUCAAGGUGUCCAGGCUCAGUCGAUAUCCGUGUUCCAUAAUGCUCGGGAACGAGGUCUAAAGAUUAUCCCUGUCAUGAACAAAAUAGAUUUGCCUGCUGCACAACCAGAGCGAAUUGCAGCCCAAAUGCAGGCUACAUUUGGCAUUGACCCGUCCGAAAUCCUGUCAAUAUCUGCAAAAACUGGAAAAGGUGUCGAAGCUGUGUUAGAAGCAAUUUUACGACGGGUACCCCCGCCAGUAGCCCGAGCUGAAGCGCCAUUAAAAGCUUUCCUUUUCGAUUCGUUUUACGACAAAUAUCGAGGAGUUAUAUCCUUGGUCAGUCUUCAGGAUGGUGUGCUUCGUAAAGGUGAUAAAAUUGCUUCAUGUCACACUCGCAAGAAAUACGAGAUCCUCGAGUUGGGUGUUAUGCAUCCAGAGGAAGCACCAACGAAAAGUCUCAACCCCGGUCAAGUCGGUUAUAUCGCUUGCAACAUGAAGCAGUCCUCCGAAGCCCACAUUGGUGAUACGCUUCAUCGCGUGGGCGAAGCGGUGGAGCCCAUGGCUGGCUUCCAACCCGCGAAGGCUAUGGUGUUUGCUGGCGUCUAUCCUCUGGAAAAUGCUGAUUUUCCAAAGCUCGAAGAAUCGAUUAACCGACUUACCUUGACCGAUAGAAGUGUUACUGUGCAAAGAGAGUCCUCAACAGCGCUCGGUCAAGGUUGCCGGCUCGGCUUUCUAGGUACCCUUCACAUGGACGUCUUCCGCCAGCGCCUCGAGGACGAAUAUGAUGCGAAUGUCAUCAUCACCGCGCCUACCGUUCCUUAUAAAAUAAUAUAUAAGGAUAGAGAAGUUGUUAUCAGCAAUCCUACUGAUUUCCCUGAUGUUGCCGAUAUUGGAGCUCGAGUGAAAGAAGUCCAAGAGCCCGUGGUAAAGGCGUCGAUCAUCGUUCCAGAAGAAUAUUUCGGAGAGAUGAUGGAGCUGUGCUACUCCCAUCGGGCAGACGAACUGGAUCAUCGGUACCUAGAUUCGGGAACGACCAGUUCAUCGAGGAUCAUGCUGAACUGCAUCGUACCCCUUAGCGAAAUCGUAUCGGAUUUCUUUGAUCAGCUGAAGAGCAGGAGUUCCGGUUUCGCUAGUUUUGAUUAUGAGGAUGCUGGCUAUCGAAAAAGCGAUCUCGCUAAGAUGACCUUCCUACUCAACGGAAAGCCUGUCGACGCUCUGGCACUGAUCGUCCAUCGUUCUGCCCAAGAAACCGUUGGUCGACAAUGGGUAAAGAAGCUUCACAAGGUCAUUCCUCGCCAGUUGUUUGAAGUUCCCAUCCAAGCUGCCAUUGGAAAGAGGGUUAUUGCUCGAGAGACACUGAAAGCAUUGAGGGCUGAUGUUACGGCUGGGUUGUACGGCGGUCAUUACGAACGCAAGAUGAAGCACCUAGAAAACCAGAAGGAAGGAAAGCGGAGGAUGAAGCGAAUGGGCACCGUGGACGUUCCUCAAGAAGCAUUCUUCGAUAUCUUGAGCAAGUAA